AUGAAAUUUAUUGCGCUUGUAAGUGGAGGUAAGGAUAGUAUAUAUACAAUACAAGUUCUUAAAGAACAAGGACACACUCCUGUAGGAUUGUUAUACAUGAAAAAUACAAGUAGUUAUGUAGAUUCUUACAUGUACCAGACCGUUGGUUCAGAAGUUGUAGAACUUUUUGGUAAAUGUAUGGACUUGCCGUUGUUUCUAUAUGAAACAAAAUGUGAAACGGUAAAUACAGAAUUAGAGUAUAAAAUUAAUGAGACAGAUGAGGUAGAAGACUUAUAUGAAGCUAUAAAAGAUGUGCAAACUAAAUUAGAUUUUGAUGCUAUAUCGUCUGGUGCUAUUCUUUCUAUGUAUCAGAAAAAUAGAAUUCUCAAUGUAGCACAAAGACUUAAUAUUUCUUCUUUAACGCCUUUAUGGGGCCGAAAUCAAAGAGAGCUUUUAAUUGAAAUGGUUGAGAAUGAAAUUAAAGCUGAAAUUGUAAAAAUUGCGUCAUCAUUUCUUGACAAAACUUGGAUAGGUACAGAUAUUAGUAAAAUUUUAGAGACAAAUAUCUGUCUUUAUGAAAAUUUUUGUGGUGAAGGAGGGGAAUAUGAAACGGUUGUACUGGAUUGUAAGCUAUUUAAAUAUAAAAUAAAAUACAACAAGAAAGAAAUAUUUUGUCAUCCUGAUGAGAAUAUUGAUAAUGCGACAGUAUUUUUUUCUAAAUAUAUAAAUUUGUCUCUGGUUAAAAAAUAA